ACAAAGGUAGGUACUAAGUUAAUGCACCUUCUUUACUUCCAUUCAUGCACCCCGCCGCGUAGGCACUUGGAGCCUCUUCCAGUUUUGCCUGCAGCCGCAAGCCCGUCCCCGCCCACAUUCGCAUAAUACCUGCCGGUCAACCGGGCUUCUUCACGGCUGUCUCAACGGUACCGUUCCGAGCUCAGCACCACUCAUACUGAACUUAGCAGUGCACAAGCCGUCCUCGACCCGGGUCAUCGGCAUUCCUUCCUCAACCCCGCGCCCCCAGCUCGCGUCCGUCCAUCACCUACCCACCCGCUUCGUGGGCACCAAUCUCAACCACCCGCGCUCGGCAUCGCAUUGUAUCGCCUCAUAGUGCGAUAGGCUGGCUCAUCGACUGUCCCAGCCGAGCAACGCUCGCUCGCCAUGUCCCGCGCGGCGCCGUUCCCGCCCCCGUAAUGUCACUGAUACCCUACCAUCCGCGUGAGGGCCGCGAGAUUGUUCUGUGAGAAUUGGCUCGCGAAUGAGACGCAUUGGAUCCCGCAACAUGCAGCAUCUUCGCUAACCACCCUUCUCUCGCAAGCCGCCACCACAGUUCUCUCGUCGUCCGCGACCCCGAUUCCCAGCGCCUGGAGAUUCGCCGUACCGAAUGCCCGACAUGCCACCAGCCGCUUGGUCGUGCCGCCUCCCCCGAGCGCUCCUUUGAUCGGCAGUAUGACUUGAACCACGAAUAUGUCAACCCCGACUACUUUCGCAUGCUCCGUGCUGGCAACCACAGCUUCCACAGUGCAAACGGUCCUCCCAGCCCAGUCCGUAGGCUCGCCCAGUCCGCCCUUGUGAGCGACCACUCCCGCGACUCGACACCCGUCGCCGAGUCCGUCGGUGACGAUGCCGAGUUCCUCUCCAGCGCCCCGGGCGUGGGCCAGGCCGAAGGCAGCAGGAUUCGCCGCGAAGCCUUUAGCCCCAACUACUUCAAAACCUUCUUUGUAGAGGAAACCGUCCUCGGCCGUGGAGGCAAGGGCGUUGUCCUGCUUGUCAGGCACGAAAUCGACGGCUGUCAGCUUGGUCAUUUCGCCUGUAAACGCGUUCCCGUCGGCGACGACCACGCCUGGCUCGAGAAGGUCCUCAUCGAGGUCGAACUGCUCGCCAAGCUGUCCCACCCGAACCUCGUGUCGUAUCGUCACGUCUGGCUCGAGGACGUCCAGCUCACACGGUUCGGCCCCAGCGUCGCCUGCGCCUUCAUUCUUCAGCAGUACUGCAACAGCGGCGAUCUCCACCAGUACGUUGUUGGCGGCGUCCCCAGGGAAGCCACCAAGGAGGAGCUCAAGGCCCAGAUGCGCCGUCGCUCCAAGGGCCAGGCCGAGCUGCCUCGCAAUCUCCUCAACAGCAGGCCCCAGCUUUCGUUCGAGGAUAUCUAUUCCCUGUUCAAGGACGUAACUUCGGGAGUCGCCUAUCUCCACGCCGCCAACUAUAUCCAUCGCGACCUCAAACCGAGUAAUUGUCUGCUGCACAAGGAAGGCGGCAAGAUGAGGUGCCUCAUCAGCGACUUUGGAGAAGUGCAGCCCGAGAAUGUCGUCCGCAAGUCCACCGGCUCCACCGGAACAAUUUCCUACUGCGCACCGGAGGUCCUCAAGAUGGAUGCAACCGGCCAGUACGGCAACUUUACCACCAAGUCAGACAUGUUCUCUCUGGGCAUGAUUCUCUACUUCAUGUGCUUCGGUCGUCUCCCCUACCAAGGGGCUAACGCCAUUCAAGAAGAGCUGGAGGACAUUGACCAACUCCGUGACGAGAUCAUGGACUGGAAGGGCUUCCAGGAUGAGCGCCGCGAGCGUCCUGACUUGCCACCCAGACUGUAUAAGCUGCUCAAGAAAUUGCUUUCACUGGACCCCGCUGAGCGGCCGAGCGCAAAUGAGGUAUUGACUGCCAUGAGGAGCGAGACGAAUUUUGAUGGCGUCACCAGGGGAGACAGGGCUCCGAACGCGACUCCGCUGCGAGGCAUGCGAGUUCAAAAUCUUGACUCGCCCGUUUCUGCCGGGACACCGGUACCAGAUCCUCGUAAGGAGCGGCCCCUUAGUGGCGACAAUUCCCACGACGAGGCAAAUCCCUGGCGCCAGGCCACAGAAAGGGAACCUGACCGCCGAGGACGGCCUGGUCUAUCCCAGCAUCGUAAUUCCGGCUCCGCGGAGGCUCCUGGCGUUCUCGAUUUUGAGCCAGGCCACGAGCACGGGCGCGAUUCUCACAAAAUGUUGGAGGGCGGCGGUCCGCAUUCGCCUCCGUUGUUGUUGGCGCCUCCCCGAACUCGCAUGGAGGAGGCCCAAUACCUGGUAGCGGGGAUGCUUGAGCGCAUGCUCAACACUGUUGGUCUCAGACCCGAGUUCGUGAGCUACGUGGUCCGACUAGGGCUUUUUCUUUUGAAGAUGGCUACUUUGGGGCGGCCGUGCUGGCCGUAUGCUGCCAGACUCGAAGUAAGCAUACCGCUCGUCGUCGUAGCGACCCUCGAGCUGGGCUUGCCUACCAUCUCUUCUAUUACCGAGGCUCGCAGAGGCUCACAAGCGGGGGACCUGCUCCGAGCCCACUACCCAUCGGCCAGUCUCGGCACGAGCAUGACUUUACUUGCGUUUCAUUUUGCUGUUCUCUGGCUGGCGCAAAGGUGGAAUGCUCUGUGUGUCGCUGUUCCAGGAGAUGACUGGACUGACUGGUAGGACCGCGUCCUUCAGCGAACUGACUCAUGCGUCUAUGGAGACCCCCCAGCGCUCGUUAUGCAACAAGCAGGCCAGGGACAACAAUUAUUAUAAGCGGCGAUUGGCAACUAUGCUGCCAUAUUCGUGCCAAUCCCCGCACACGACGAAGAUUUGGUCGCACUAGUGGGUGGGAAGGGGGUAUGUACCGUACGUGUCUGCACCAAGCAGCAAAACUACGCAUUGCUCACCCGUGCUGAACUGAACAGGUGGCGCUGCUGAUGACAUUCUCACCCACUCGCCCUGGCGGUUGGCCUGUGUUUGGUCGCGAGACGUCUGCACAUCAAAGAAUUUGGUACAGUGAGGUUGCGCUGGGUCCGUCACGAAGCUGCCUGUGUAUGAAAGCCAUGGUGCCGGCCUCAAAGCCCUCGAACGCGUUGUCUUCUCCAGGCGCCAGCUAGUCCCGAGUACCUGGCCGCGCUACUUCACCGUUUCCUCGAUCUGCAGCCUGUGACAGGCUAUUCUGAGCCACUUUCUCGACCUACUCCGGAGCAUGUUUCGCCGGUGCCAACCUUGCGUCGAGAUGUUCGAGGUUACAUGCAGUCAACGCCCCGCCAUGUACGAAAAACGUCUCGAUCGAUGAACACGGGGACCUAGUGCGGCCUUGGGCGAACGGGAAGUCCAUUCCUUCAAGCGUUUUACCAGCAAAGUCCUGCAGCCCUUGUCAGCUCGCGUUGAUAGGGAUCAAUCGGGCGCUUGGAAGCGAUACCGGCUAGGGAAGGAAGACGAUGAUGUACAUGAGGAAACAGAGAACCACGAAGACCAUGUAUAGCUUGCAAGUAGUAUCGCCGCGUGAAGAUCCGGUUAUUUUCCCGCCUAUUUACUACCGGCAACAGAAUCACGCGUGUCAACGAGGAGAUGAUUCCACAAGCGCUGAUGCAUGAUGCAGCCGCGGGCUAUCAUUUCUGACUACAGGCGUCUGAAAGGGGAAUGUUGCUGCAAAUAAUUGUCCUGUCCGCGAUAACCGUAGCGGGAGGGGCGUGUAGACAAAUCAAUG